AUGACAACAAACUUAUCUGAGGUCGUUAACAAAGUGUUGAAGGGUGCAAGAAACAUGCCUAUAACUGGAUUGGUGCAAUGCACAUACGGGAGGAUGGUGGAUUACUUUGUUCAGAGAGGUCAGGCAGCAGCUCGUGAAAAGGCCGCUGGCCACAUAUUCUGUAAAAAGGUCAUUGUAGCCAUAGAAAAGAAUGUUCUACUCGCAGGUGCUCAUAUCGUGCACACGUACAACAUCGAUAGGACAAGGUUUGAGGUGGAGGAAGGUUUUAACCUGCGCAGGCAUCGCAAUGGGUAUGUCUGGUCUCUGCGGUUGGACAAUAGAACAUGCGAAUGUGGGCGCUUUCAAACAUUCAAGUAUCCAUGUGACCACGCAAUUGCUGCAUGUAUGCAUCAAAGUUUAGACUAUUGGAGUUUGGUGGACCCUGUUUAUACGCUCCAGAGCAUAUUGGAUGCGUAUCAGGGACAAUGGUAUCCCAUUGGCAAUGAUCUGAACAUGCCACCGAGGGAAGGGGAUCGAAUUGUUACAGAUCCGUCCACCGCUAGGGCGAUGGGUCGUCCUAGGUCAACUCGAAUAAGAAAUUAG